UAGUUGGUUAUGGUUUAAGAAGACAUGGUUAGUUGGUUAUGGUCUAAGGCGACAUUGUUGAUAGUUUAUGGUCUAACGAGACACUAGCUGAGUAAGAUAAGACGUACAGUGGUUUGAAGAAAACGCCAUUGUUAUGUCUUGGCUAGUUUAUUUAUAAAGAACCGUGUUUGAGGAUACAUUGUCCAAGUUAGGCGUCUUAGAUAUCAAAGCAUCAACUUCAGAGGAAGUGUCAGCCGAGAUAUGAUGAUAGGCUGGAAUCAUGGGUGUAAUUUACCAUAUUAGUCGAGAUAUGAUAGACUAGAUUCAUGGGUUUUGACUUUAUUCACACAUGUCUAGGCAUAGUAUAUGCAACGAUUUUAUUCAUUUUCUUUCUUGUAAUAUUAACAUGUGUUUUUUUUAAUAUAUAAAUACCAAAACUGAAUGAGUGUUUUAAGCGUCAUUCAAGCCUUUACAUAUUAUUAUUCUUAUUCAAGCAUUUAAUAAUUUCUCUUCUAUUUUUUUAAUAUUUCUUUUCAAAUAUGAAAAUUAAAUAAGAUGCAAUUUUUUCCUAGAUCUGAACAAUGUAUAAUGAAUCCAUAUUUUGCAAAUAAAAUGUUUGUUUGCUAAAGAGAUAUUUACAUUUCUUGUUGCACUGGGUUGUCUGGAUUGUAGAGUAUGGUAUGGGAAGUGAGGUGUCAACAUCCGAUGAUGUGUACAGCUAUGGCAUUCUCUUGUUGGAGAUGUUUACCGGAAAAAGGCCGACUGAUGAGAUGUUUAGUGGUGGUUUGAACCUUCAUAACUUUGCCAAGGCAAAUGUUAUAAUUGCAGAUUCAGUUCAACAAAGAGAAGAGAGGGAGGCGAGCACGAGCACCAACAACACUCUCAAUCAAAACCGUGAUAGCAGUUAUAAGAUUCAGGAGUGCUUGAGUUUGGUAUUUAGAAUUGGAAUUGCAUGUUCAGAAGAGUCACCAACUGAACGAUUGGAUAUUAUUGAUGUAGUAGCCAAGUUGCAGAUCACCAGGAACAAUCUUCUUGGUACUGGUGGAACGCAUGUCAUAAGAACUAAUUAACUACAGUUGAUCAUGAGUAGGUAUGGCCAAAUUACUGGCUUCAUAACUGCAUAAUAAUUUUUCUUUUUUGCCUUCUUUUCCGUAGUCAAUAAAAAUUUAGACCAUUUGUCAAUUUGUAUAUUUUGUUCUUCAGUAGGCCACACUGUUCUUCGCUGGGUUGGUUCAUUUUUUUAUAUCUAAUUCAUUUAAGUGGUACAAAACCUGAUUUUGUCAAAAACAACAACAAAAAAAUGAAGUUUCCUCUUAUACCAGGUGCAAGGAGCGCUCGCUUUAUUUAUAUCACAUUCGAAUAUCUGAUAGCUAAUAAUGUUUCCUCUUAUACCAGGUGCAAGGAGUUGGUUGAUUCAUCAAGUGCGCAAUGUCAAAUAUUGCUUUUGCUGCUUGUUACUUGUACUGUUGUGCAUUUAAUUUCUCGUUUUUUUCUUUUAUGUUUUCUUUCAUCUCUGCUCUACAGUGUGAAAAUUAUCUCUCGUCUUUUAUAUUUUUCUCGUUUAAAUGUACUUCAAUAAAGGGGCAUGCAUGUAAGUUAUUUCUAACAUAAAUAAAAUUUAUAGUGGAAUGCA